CAGCAGCUCUAUUCCUCAUAUUCAGUUGAUAGUUGAACUCUCGUCAUGUCUGGAAGAGGUAAAGGCGGUAAAGGACUCGGAAAAGGAGGCGCUAAGCGUCACCGCAAAGUGUUGCGUGAUAACAUCCAGGGAAUCACCAAACCCGCAAUCCGUCGUCUCGCUCGCCGUGGCGGUGUCAAGCGUAUCUCCGGUCUGAUCUACGAGGAGACUCGCGGUGUGUUGAAGGUGUUUCUGGAGACCGUUAUCCGUGAUGCCGUCACCUACACUGAACACGCCAAGAGAAAGACCGUCACUGCCAUGGACGUUGUGUACGCGCUGAAACGACAGGGACGAACUCUGUACGGAUUCGGAGGAAUCAUCAUGCCUGAACCAGCUAAAUCCGCACCGAAGAAAGGAUCCAAGAAGGCCGUCACAAAGACCGCCGGUAAGGGAGGAAAGAAGCGCAGAAAGUCCAGGAAGGAGAGUUACGCUAUCUACGUGUAUAAAGUCCUGAAACAGGUUCAUCCUGACACCGGGAUCUCUUCCAAGGCGAUGGGAAUCAUGAACUCUUUCGUCAACGACAUCUUCGAGCGCAUCGGCGGUGAAGCGUCUCGUCUCGCUCACUACAACAAGCGCUCCACCAUCACAUCGAGAGAGAUCCAGACCGCCGUGCGUCUGCUGCUGCCCGGUGAACUGGCCAAACACGCCGUGUCUGAGGGCACAAAGGCCGUCACCAAAUACACCAGCUCCAAAACUCUCAUCAUGUCUGGAAGAGGUAAAGGCGGUAAAGGACUCGGAAAAGGAGGCGCCAAGCGUCACCGCAAAGUGUUGCGUGAUAACAUCCAGGGAAUCACCAAACCCGCAAUCCGUCGUCUCGCUCGCCGUGGCGGUGUCAAGCGUAUCUCCGGUCUGAUCUACGAGGAGACUCGCGGUGUGUUGAAGGUGUUUCUGGAGAACGUUAUCCGUGAUGCCGUCACCUACACUGAACACGCCAAGAGAAAGACCGUCACUGCCAUGGACGUUGUGUACGCGCUGAAACGACAGGGACGAACUCUGUACGGAUUCGGAGGAUAAACGACUUUAUUCAGGAGAAACCCGACAAACCCAACGGCUCUUUUAAGAGCCACACACAAUCUCACAUAAAGAGUUAUUAGCUGUGUCCGAAACCGCCCCUUAUCCACUAUAUAGUGCACUAUAUC